AUGGUUGUUGUUGUCGAGGAUAAGCCUCCAGUUCGGCUACCACGGUCGAGAACCACAUCAGUAGCGAAGACACUGGAAAAGGAUGCAAUUAUGGAGAAGCCAGUUGCUGGGUCAACAAAGGAUGAAGACAGCGGCGAAUCUGAUAACGACGACGAUCUGAGCGACGGUCCGACUCAUUCUGAAGUCGAAUACGUUGAGGAGGAGCUGGUCGCCAUUGAUUACAUGCUGGAUAAUCUGCAAGAGGUGAUCACAAAAUUCCCGUGUGAGCACACGAACAUCAUCCCCGAAUUCGCUGACGUCGAAUUCUUCAUGGUGUCCGUUGACUCGUUGAUCAUCGAGUGUUGUGCCCACUCAUAUCACAAUUGGAACUUCUCCGGCCAGACGCGUGUCCUCAAUGCUCAGGUUGACAACUUCCUCCACCAAUUCACCAACCUUGGUGGCAAAUUCAAGCUUGUGAUUUUCUCACAGCUCGCCGCCCUCUUCAAAAAGGAUACUACGUUGGGCUUUAUCCGGAAUGCAGUUGUUGGCCAUUUGAGCCAAGGGCCCUACAAGAAUGAUAUUGAGGUUUUUGAAUCUCCGAUCGAUGGGCGAUGGGCAAAAUACAUUGCUGACUUGACACCUUCCUUCUUCAUGGUGUCAACAAACGAUCCUACAACAGCUUUCUGCUCAGAAGAAGAUAUGAACUUCAAAUCGCGAUUUGAGACGAUAGUGCUUGACGUGCUCGCCCGAACCAUCCCAGUUGUUCCCUUGACAAAUAUUGUUGUCAAUUUCUCGUCAGUGAGGGCCUACUACAUCUCGCCAAAGCUUAUUCAAGCUAGUAACCAUGAGCAAUACUUGGAAGCGCUCUGGGGACUUGAUAGUGGAAUUGUCAAGGCCGAUACACAGCCGGCUACAUACAAGAGUCUCUCGGAGCUGUGGGCGCAUAUUAUCCGGGAUGUGAGAACGUCUCAGCAGCAAUUGUCACCAAAUUUCGAUGCGUUGGCGUGUGCCAUCCUGCUCUCAGCCGCUGUCACCCAAAAGAGGGGCUCAAAUCGAGUAUAUCCAACUGAAAAGCCGGACGGGAAACGUGGAAUUGAUGUCAUCCGUGAUCGCCGCCAUCUACUCAAAGCGGCUACAACUCUUGUUGAAAAGUUGAACUGGGCCAGUCUCAGCUUCCCGGUUGCCGAAUUAUGGGAUGGACGAAUGAUUAUGGCUCUAUUUGAUGCUAUCAACGCUGGAGAAAGCGUGCUACCCUACCGUCUCCAAGAUGAAUUCGCAGCAGCCCAUACACUAGCCGGUCUGGAUAAGCCAAUCCCUACCGAUACCACCGACAAGCUUCUUGAUGACCCCACCGAAGAGGUGGCAGAAGAUUUGACCCUUCCCUGCUUGCACAACAUUAAAUCCGCGCUCUUCGAUACCUAUUUGGCGGAUAUCAAAGGAAAGGAUAAGCCAGAGAAAGUCGAUGCGCCGUUCUCAGAACACCUGAAACAGAAAUACAACUGGAAAUUCUCAGCGGUGCCUGAACAAUGCCACGAGGAGACAGAAAAAGUCGAAGAUCCGUACUUGAAGAAGCGUGCGAAUCGAAGCCGGCAGUUUUUGUCAAGAUGGUACGAACAGUUUGCUAAUUCGCUUGAAGGAAGAGCGACCAACCUACUCGUUGAUUUCUCACGUGCUCCAAGAGCAAACAUCAUGCUCCAAGAAGAUGCAAAGGAGACCAAGGGAUGGGCUGGACAGAAGAAGGGUGGUGGCGGAGGAAAGAAGGGAAAAUCGAAGAAAGAAGAGAUCCUGGAGGCUAACAAAGCCAAUAAGGCCAACAAAGUGUUGGAGAAUGAGAGACAGAAGAUCAAGUUUGCCCUGCAACAGGGUAAGAAUGCCGUAGCUGCUCUCGGAGGAAUCUACUUCUCGCUCGAAACUCCGGAGAUGAAGGCUACUUGCGACUAUGAAAUGUUGAUCCGGCACUCCAGAGAUCUGCAAGACAAAUUCGUUGGUGAUGAACAUUUGGAUGAUCGACGUCGCUUUGCCGUGGACCUUGUCGGCCUUCUGAAGAAAGCCAUCAACCAACACUGGGAAUUCAUGGAUGACAAGCAGAAGGACGAUGUGGCCAACAUCUGGUACUCACUCGGCUUCGAGCCAUUCAGCCAGCGACGUGCCUCGACCGAUGCCAAAUCCCAAAAAUUGACGCUAAAAAUGAAUCCCGUCUAUUACCAGAUGCGAUAUGGUGGAGAGCUGAUUGACAUUCAAUCCGAUCCUCAAAAGGAUGAACGUGUCACGGGUUUCCACCCAGAUUCCUGGCAACGUGACAUGUUAAACGUUGUCGAUAAGGGAAAUUCGGCCCUUAUUGUCGCCCCGACAUCAGCCGGUAAAACCUUCAUCUCGUACUACUGUAUCGAGAAGAUCCUGCGAGCUUCGGAUGAAGACGUUGUUGUAUACGUUUCGCCCUCGAAGGCUCUGACUAAUCAGGUCUGCGGUUCCAUCUAUGCUCGUUUCCGAAAUAAGUCGAUGACGCCCGGAAAAUCGCUUUUCGGAACCCUAUGGAGCGAUUACAACUUCAACGCACUGAAUUGCCAGGUGCUUGUGACAGUUCCCGAUGCUUUCGAAGAUCUUCUGCUGUCGAAGGAUGCCGUGACAAAACAAUUCGUAAACAAGAUCCGCUACGUCAUUUUCGACGAAGUCCACUCGAUCGGAUCUUCUGAUGAUGCGGUCAUUUGGGAGCACUUGAUCCUAUUGAUCAACUGCCCGUUCCUUGCCCUUUCGGCUACUAUCGGAAACGUGAAUAAGCUUCACGAAUGGAUGUUCAAGCUGGAACAGGAUAAGACGAACAAAGCGCGUGGAGUCUCGUUGAUUGUUCAUCAGGAACGAUAUUCUGAGCUCGAACUUGCCAUUCAAGACAUCGUCAAGGCAGGUGGUGCCGAAAAGAAAGAGGAGCUGAUCCCGUUCAUCCCAUAUGGUGUCUACAUGCCAGAGAAGAUUCGCAUGUUCGGCAUCCCCGAAGAUCAACAACUUACUUCGCGGCAAAUCCUCGAGCUUUGGGAGAUCAUGAGCCAAUUUGACGAGCAGACGAAGAAAGCAUACGAACCAUGCUCUUUCUUCAAAUAUACACCAGAUAAGCCUGUCUGGCUCUCGAGGAGUGAUUUGAGAAAGCUGGAGAGCACCUUGAAAGACCGGUUCAUGCAUCUCCUGAAGAAUGAUGAGGCAACGAUGCUGCAAAUCUUGAAGGCAUUCCAAAAACCGCUCGAAAAGCAGCUCGACGCGAGAGCCAAGGCCUAUGAUCAGGAACAUCUAUUGAGUCAACACAUCGUUAGCUUAAUCGACAACCUUCAAGGCGAUAAGAUGCUUCCGGCUAUUUGCUUCAACGAAGAUCGAUCAACAUGCGAGAAAUUGGCGCGACAACUUGCUGCUGUUCUGGAACAACGACAACUCGAUUUCGAGAUGAGUGCCGAAUUCAAGGAAAAGUUUGAGAUCAAGAAUGAGGAAAAGCUGAUGAAACUAGCCAAGCGCAAAAGGGAUGCUGCUGAAAAGAAGAAGAAGGGAGACAAACCCGACGAGGAACCAGAACAAGAAGACUUCAAUUUCGAUCCGCUCGCGGCACAAAGAGCCAAGCUGAAGGAUGCUCUUGCCAAGUUCCGUCUUCACGGGCGCACCAUCAAUGACACUGAUGCCUAUGAGAAAAUGACGGAAAGGAUGAAGCGUCAAGCCAAAGGGCGCGAGAGCACCAGGAUCCUGCUGCAGCUCUUCGAACGCGGAAUCGGAUUCCAUCACGAUGCUCUUUCGAUGGUUGAAAAGGGUGCUGUUGAAGUGUUGUUCCGAACUGGCCACCUUUCACUUCUCUUCUCCACGAGUACCCUCGCCCUUGGUAUCAACAUGCCUUGUAAGACUAUCAUCUUCGGUAUCGACGAUCCGAAGUUGACUCCAUUGCUCUACCGUCAGAUGAGUGGUCGUGCUGGUCGGCGUGGCUUUGAUCAUUCCGGAAAAGUCAUCUUCACCGCUAUCCCCACUGGAAAGAUGCGUCGGCUGCUGACCGGUUCUUUGCCAAAUCUCCACCCCAAUCCUCCAUUCACCAUUUCUUACCUUCUGCGGAUAUUCUCUCGACUUCAUCAGGUCAACCCGCUUGAGGACGAGGGCUUCAACGAGUCCAAAGCUACCGUGCAGGCCAAGAGGCUCAAGUCGGCGACGAAUGUACUUACAAACUCAUUUGCCUUGAUCACUCGAGACGGUGAGGAUAAGGAGAACAUGAUGCGCCAACUCCGAGUGUAUACUUGGUUCUCAGCCCAACUCCUCCGUCAAGAACAGCUGAUUGACAACAAGGGUACUGGCCGCGGACUCUACCAACUCGUCAGUCUUCUGCAAGCCAGCGAACCUGGAAACUUGAUCUUUGCCCACCUCAUUCAAAACGAUAUCUUCCAUCAACUCUGCCGCAAAUACAAAGGCGAGGAGCUGAAGCUGAAAGUUCUGCACAUCCUGGCGACCCUUUUCACUCGAGUCUACUUGCCGCCAGACUACAACACCGCACGAGGGGUUCAUCUGCUUCCACUUUCUGAUUCUGUGAAGAGCGAAGUCGACUCGUAUGCUACCAGCGCCAUGGGAAUGUACGGAAAAUACAUGAGCUCCCUUGCGCCGAAUGGAAACUUGAUGGACCCGGAUUACGCUGUAUCUGGCGCAACCUUCACCACCGAGCAUCACUACAAAAGAGAGCUCGUCCCUGUCUUCAAUAAGCGAUACGCUUUCGAUGAGAGCUUCCUCCCGGCUAUUGAUUUGGAGCCUGUGGAUCAUCGAGGCCACAGACUCUACCUGAACUCGUACGCCCUCGACUUCUGGAAGAACGAAUCGCGGAACCAACUCUUGAUGUACAAUAAAAUCCCGGUUAACCGAGUAUGGUAUCUGCUUGAGGAGUUCAAGACUUCUCUCGCCAUCAUCGGCGACACCUUGCAACUUAUCGCUCGCCCAGCAGAUGUGGUUGCUGAUUUAAUGCUGAAUCUCUCCCGUGAAUAUGACGACAAGUUCCGUCGCGUCUUCGGUAUGAAGAAACGAACC